CACGUUUUUGUGCGUACGUGCUCGUUUUCGGACGCUUCAGGAUCAAAUAGAGGACGAGGAGCGGGCGGCUAGUCAUAAAAUCCCGAUCGUGUAAUCCUCGCUUCUGUUUUGUAAACUGACGGCAGAUUUCACACUUUUAAUCCAGUCUCUUACUUCAGAGAAACAGCUGUCCAGCUUGAGGGGUCAACAUGUGGCUGUUGUGGGUGUUUGGUGCCAUUUUAUUUAGUUUUCAACAGGCCUAUGCGACGACAGCGGGUUUUAUAAAGUCACCUAUGUCACAGACAAAGCUGGUAGGUGAUGGCGCUGUUAUGCACUGUGAGGUAAUAGGGAGCCCCAUCCCAGAGGUGCAGUGGUGGUUUAUAGAGGGCAUUGAGCCCAAUGAGACGGCAUCUCAGCUCUUUGAGGGAGCGCGGCAUGAUCGUGUACGCAUCAACACCACCUACAUCCAGCAUGGCGCCAGCACCCUGCUUCUGUACAAUCUCGCAUUCAACGACACUGGUGUUUAUGAGUGCCGUGCUUCCAACGACCCUGACCGCAAUGCCCUGAGGACACUGCCCAAAGUCAAGUGGAUCCGAUCACAGGCCAAUGUUAUUGUGAUUGAAAGGCCUGUGGUUGUGGGUAAGUCAUCAGACAUUAAUAACCAGACCUCUGCUACACUUAGCUGCAACUUUACCAACCCAGAAUCCGUAGUCAAGGGUCACCACUGGGAAAAAAACAAGAAGAUUAUCGGGGGCACCAAGAAAGAUGGAUCAGACCUCUACAUUGAAUACACAAUUUCGAAGAUUGAGGGCAACUCUGGAAUAUAUACUUGCGUCUUUCACUCUGAGCCACAAGCUGAAAAAGACAUCGCAGUAAACGGUGCUCUUCUUGUUAUGGCCCACAAGCACUCCGAGAAUGCCAAUGAGAAUGACAAAGCGGUGCUGGUGUGCGAUUGCCACAGCUACCCCUUGGUCAAUGACUGGACAUGGUACAGGGUCACAGAGUCAGGAAAUGAGAUGAUUGCAAAUGGCACCGAAAGGUAUACAAUCAAGAGCACACCCAACAAUUCCACAUUGACCAUCGAGAACCUAAACAAUGAAGAUGGUGGUGAUUAUGUGUGCUCUGGGCAAAACUCUAUGGGCACACAAUCAAGUGACAAGAUCCACCUACGUGUGCGUAGCCGCUUGGCUGCUCUCUGGCCUUUCCUUGGCAUUGUGGUUGAGGUCAUCAUCCUCAUCACCAUCAUCUUCAUUUAUGAGAAGCGGAGAAAGCCUGAUGAGAUUAAUGACGAUGAUGACUCUGGUUCAGCCCCUCUGAAGAGCAACUCUGCUACAAACCACAAGGACAAAAAUGUGCGUCAAAGGAACUCCAACUAGGAGGAUUUGAUGUAUCCUGAUGACUACUAAUCAAGAUGAAAAGCAUGUGUGGCUCCAAGAUCGUGCUCUGCAAUAUCUGAAUAAUCGUUUUUGCCUGAGUGUAAAUGUCUUGGGAUAUUGAUCUUUUCAUUUUUCAUUCUUUUUUCAGUAUUCCUCUCUGUAUUGUACUGCCAGCGAACUUGUUCUUAAAAAGUGUGCUUUAGGGGGGGGGGGCUGUUGGUCCAUGCAUGAUUUGUAUUCUUGCUGUAGAAGUGUGUUUUAGUGAACCCCUUUUCAUGUGGAAAUGAACAAUAGAUGGUUUUUCCUGUUGACUUUCUCUACUGUGCCGCACAAUUUAGCUUAGAUACCAAAUUGUUUUCAGUUACAGCUCCAACCUGCCUGUACAAUCAGCUAGCAUUUUCGGGGGAGGGGGGGUGUUUAAAUGCAAAUGGCUGAUUUUUAUACAAUCUCCUGCAGGUAAUUUAAACCAUGAUUAAAAAUUUGGUAUCCAGGUUAUAGUUCUGCAUCUAUUCUAAAAGCGUAUUUAUAAGCUCCAUUUGGCAUUUUUGAAUUUACAGAGGCUUUGUGUGUUGAGCUUUAUUACUACUGCAAUGAGAUGGUUUAUUAAGUGAUUCUCCUACUUGCUUCUCUUUUAUGGCAGUUUUUUUUCCCCUGUAAGCCUUAAUGUUUUUCAUUGUACAUGCUUAAUUUUAGUCAUAGACAUAUUGACAUUGCAGCACACAACCAACCACAUGCUGUUAUUGCCGUAUAUUGAAUUGCACUGUUAUAAUUAACUACAAAAUGCCACUUUUUUCUUUAGAUCUUGUCCCAGAUUAAUGUUUUAGUCUACAACACAAGAUUUUUUUUGUGAUGCUUUUUAAUUAAGGGCAGUGUUGGUGUUUUUGUAAUAGUAACAGUAAACAUGAUUUGAAAAGGACCAAGCAUACAAUUUGUGCCAUUAACUACUUUGAUGAUGCAGAAUACACAGUCCAGUACUACAACUACACAUUCAAGUACUAAUCCAUAAUAAAGCUAUUAUAGAUGUAUAAUUAAAGGAAAUGUGCUGUUUAGUUGAAGUAUUUACCUGAGUAUUCAUUCUCCCUGUGUGCAAUUCGGAAGCCAUCCUAUUUACAAAAUGAUGGCUGAAUUUGUGCCAUGUCGUUAAACAGGUAUGUUGAAUACUAAACUUUAUUGAGCUAGUGUAAAUUAUUUUGCCUUAGAGAAAUAGGAAAUCUUAAAUUGUCACCUUUACUGACUUGCACAGUCUGAAUAAAGUUAUUUGGUUUGAUUUUAA